AUGGAGAAAUCAGCCAAAACCCAAGUCCUAAAUUCCCAAGAAGAAGCCAAAAAUGAUGCUAGUGAAAAAGCCCAAAACUUCUCUCAAGCAUUCCAACUUGUCACCUCCGCGGCAUUGCCUAUGGUUUUGUACACUGCCGUGAAGCUGAAAUUGUUCGAAAUCAUUGCCGAUGCUGCGCCUGAGAAAAAUAAAUUAUCAGCCUUGGAAAUCGCUUCCAAACUUCAAUCGAAGAACCCAGAAGCCUCUUCUAUCAUUGAUAGAAUGCUUUGCCUGCUGAGUAGCUAUUCUGUCUUCACUUACGAUGUUGUUGAGGUUGCUUCUUCUGCCGGCGGGGCCGCCAGCGGCGGUGGGGUUCGGUACGAAAGAGUUUAUGGGUUAUCUCCGGUUGGCGAGUUUUUCUUGCCUAAUGAAGAGGGAAACUCAAUUGGGAAUAUGGUUGAAUUGCUACAGGACAGGGUUACGCUUGACAAUUGGUACGAAUUGGGAAAUUGCAUUCUUGAAGGAGGAACUCCUGCAAAUAGAUUAUAUGGGAUGUCUCUUUUUGAAUAUGCUGGUAAGGAUGCUAGGUUUAAUGAAUUGGCCAAUAAGGGAAUGGCUGGUCGAACAAAAAUCACAAUGGAGCUUCUACUUGAGGAGUAUAAGGGUUUCGAUGACAUUGAAACCCUUGUUGAUGUCGGUGGCGGGCUUGGAACAACUCUUCAUUCCAUUACCUCGAAAUAUCCUUCGAUAAAAGGCAUUAAUUUCGACCUACCACAUGUUGUCAAAAAUGCACCCUCAUAUCCUGGAGUGACGCACAUUGAGGGAGACAUGUUUGAAAGUGUGCCAAAGGGAGAUGCUAUUCUCUUGAAUAGAACACUUCAUGAUUGGAGUGACAGUGAGUGUUUGACGAUACUGAAAAACUGUUUCAAAGCUAUACCGGAUAAUGGAAAAGUGAUUGUUUUUGAAUUCAUCUUGCCCUCGAAUCCUGACACCAAUACAAAUUCAAGGAGUGUAUACCAGAUUGACGCUGUCAUGAUGAUAAUCGGAGGAAAAGAGCGAUCAGAAGCAGAUUUUGAAGCAUUGGCCAUCGGUGCGGGAUUCAAAGGCAUAAGAUCCAAAAUUCGUGUUGGUACUUUUGGGGUCAUUGAAAUGUACAAGUAG